CGAAGGUCGAAUAUUUGCAAUCUAGAUAGAAAUGUAGCUAUUGCGGUAGCUGUUAUGUAGCUUCCUUGUGUGAGGAAGUGCCGAAUUACGUAGCGUAGAGCGCAGGGAGUUAGUUACUGAUUGUGCAGUUCGGCUCUGCUGUAGUUACUGUAACUACUUCGGAUGAAUACCAGGGGAUAUAGAAUUAGCAACCAGACCGGCUCCAUGGUUAAAUAACCUAUUCCUAGACUGGCAAGACCAGUUGCUUCAAUAUAUCCUUGGACCCCUUUUUUUAUUUUAUUUUUGGAAUUAAUUCAAGAAUUGCCGAGCGUUGCAGCGAAUAUGCGCGACCCCACUCGGUGCCAGUAGAACGGCCGAAACACGGCUCUCCGUAACAGCCCAGUCCACGCCAUAUCCGAUAUAUUAUUUUAUUACUAUUAUUACAUCGACUCUACGAUUCUGUUCCUGUAACCUCCCAUUGGCCUAAGGACAACUGAGCAUUCACUUCCUCACAGUUUUCACCUAGCAGUACGUAGUGGUUAGUGUACGGUACAUACAAGUGCGACAUGGCAUCACACAAGAUCGUGGUGCUUGGGGCUGGCGUGACGGGUCUUACUACCGCCCUCUUGCUCUCCCGAGAUGCCUCCAAUCAGAUCACCGUUGCCGCAAAACAUAUGCCGGGGGAUUAUGAUAUCGAGUACUGUUCGCCAUGGGCUGGCGCAAACUACCUCCCGGUCGGGCUGCCCGGUACUACCCAUGCCGAAUGGGAGAAGAAUACAUGGCCUGUUUUGGCGGAUUUGGCGAAAAAUGACCCGAGUGCCGGCAUUCAUUUCCAACGGACGGUAAUAAACACUCGUGAUAAGGACGCAAAGUCCACUACCGGCCAGUGGUUCUCUGAACUGUCAAGAUCAAACCCGUGGUUCAAAGACGUCGUCCCGGAUUUCUAUCUCCUCCCUAAGGAAGAACUAGGCCCCGGCGUCGACUACGCUACCUCAUUCACCUCUGUCUGCAUCAACACGGGCGUCUACCUCCCUUGGCUAGUCUCCCAAUGCCUCAAGAAUGGCGUCGUGUUCAAGCGCGCUGUCUUCAAGCAUAUCGCCGAUGCGGCAUCCGUGCACCACUCGGGCAAGAAGGCGGAUCUUGUCGUGAACUGCACAGGCCUCGCGUCGCGGAACCUGGGCGGGGUUGAGGAUAUGAAGUUACUGCCCGCCCGCGGCCAGAUUGUUGUUGUCAGGAAUGACCCGGGGAUCAUGACGUCGAUUUCGGGGUCGGAUGAUGGUGAUGAUGAGGUUUGUUAUAUUAUGAAGAGGGCUGCUGGCGGCGGCACAAUCCUCGGCGGCACCUAUCAAAAGGGCAACUGGGAAUCCCAACCAGACCCAUCCACAGCCGUGCGCAUCAUGAAGAGAUGCGUGGAGCUCUGCCCGGACCUUGUUGGUAAAGACGAAAACGGCAAGGAUCGCGGUAUCGAAGGAUUAGAUAUCAUCCGGCACGGCGUUGGUUUGCGGCCGUUGCGGGACGGAGGGGUGAGGAUGGAGACGGAAACGAUUGGGGGUGUUACUGUUGUCCAUAACUAUGGGCAUGGUGGGUUUGGGUAUCAGGCUUCCUGGGGUUGUUCGGCGGCAGCGGUAGAGAUGGUUAGGGAGGCGUUGGGGAAGAAGGGGAUGGGGAUGGGGAUGGGGAGGGCGAAGUUGUAGGGUUUAUUUAUUGUGUUUGAGUUGGGUGAAUGUGUUUUUUGGAUGAUAUAUACUUGCUUUCUCGCUCUGUUACCCGUUCUUCUUGGGAUAUAUUUUAUAGAUGUGAAGGCAACGGCAUCUACUACUCUGUUUUCUUGUACUAUACUAGGUUGUCAUUUCGCACCCACUCACAGCCCAUAUUCGUGGACCUCGUAGGUGGAGGAUGAGCAGUUUCAGCAAAAUAUGACAAGGGAGCGAAAAUUGGUAGUGAUAGAAACAAAGAAUCUGAUACAUUGAGUCAGAUCCAGGCAAAUAUAACGCCUAGGCAAUUGGGUGUCAAGUAGCCAUUCUUUUGUUGAGCAGCGAGAGCCUGAAGUCGAGGCUCCCACCCGUUUGGCUUGGCCCCUUGGUGCAAAACAACCUCGUUCCUUCAAACCUCGAGACAUGAGAGACGUUCAAAACUGCUUCUACCUUCAACUUAAUUAUUACUUCGUAUACUUAUGCGAUAACAAAGCCGUGCUAGAAAGGCUCUACGGGUUGCCCAGAGCUCGGGGUAAAUGCCGGUUGAGGCUAGUCCCCGCAUUACUAAAUAGUUACCACACCGAAUGGUAGCAUUAUUAUAUCA